AUGAACAGAUCUGACUGGGAAAAGCCGGGUUUUGUUAUCGCAUACUUUUCAUGUCAACAAAAGAAAAUUGGGCUUAGCUCCAUGGUCGGCUUAACCCCCCUGAUCGCAUUGAUCCUUGCGUGCCUGGGAAAUGUCGCCAUAGCAAAGUUACCCAACAUCCUGCUGAUCCUGAGCGACGAUCAGGAUGUGGAGCUGCGCGGAAUGUUUCCCAUGGAGCAGACGAUCCAGCUGCUGGGCUACGGUGGCGCCCUGUUCCACAACGCCUUCACGCCCACACCCAUCUGCUGUCCGGCUCGGACGAGUCUGCUUACGGGGAUGUAUGCGCACAACCACGGCACCCGGAACAAUUCCGUGAGCGGUGGCUGCUACGCCCACUGGAGGAGGGCACUGGAGCCCCGGGCUCUGCCGCACAUCCUGCAGCAGAACGGAUACAACACCUUCUUCGGCGGCAAGUACUUGAACGAGUACUGGGGCGCCGGCGAUGUGCCCAAGGGUUGGAACCAGUUCUACGGCCUUCAUGGCAACUCCCGGUACUACAAUUAUACGUUGCGUGAGAAUUCCGGAAACGUGCACUACGAGUCAACCUAUCUGACCGAUCUGCUAAGGGAUCGUGCCGUGGAUUUCCUGAGAAACGCCACCCAAUCUCAAGGAGCUGGUGAGGGACAGCCCUUCUUUGCCAUGGUGGCUCCGCCGGCAGCCCAUGCACCUUUCACUCCUGCUCCGCGACACGAGGGCGUCUUCUCCCACAUAAAAGCCUUGCGAACGCCCAGCUUUAAUGAGGUUCGACAAGAUAAACACUGGUUGGUUCGAGCAUCCCGGCCGCUGUCCAAUGAGACAAUCGACACCAUAGACAAGUAUUUCCAAAAGCGUUGGGAGUCGCUGCUGGCGGUGGACGAGCUGGUGGCCACUUUGGUGGGCGUGCUAAACGAGACGCAAUCGCUGGACAACACAUACGUCGUUUACACCUCGGACAAUGGCUACCAUGUGGGACAGUUCGCCCAGCCAUUUGACAAGCGACAGCCAUACGAAACGGAUAUUGGCAUACCGCUGCUAAUCCGGGGACCUGGAAUCGCACCCGAGAGCCAUGUGGACACUGCCGUCAGCUUGGUGGACUUGGCACCCACCAUAUUGGCCUGGGCCAACGUCAGCACCCCCGCCUACAUGGAUGGACAAUCGUUUCACGAGAUUCUGCUGAGUAAAGAGCGAAGGAUUCCGUUUUUCGAACGAUCCCUGCUAAUCGAAUACUGGGGUGAGGGCAACGUGGCCACCUACAAUCCCGAAUGUCCCUGGGCGGAGCAGGAUCGGCUGGCACAGUGCUCGCCGGAGGCGGAAUGCCAUUGCCAGGAUUCGUGGAACAACACCUAUGCCUGCCUGAGAAAUAUUCGCCAUCGGGAGGAUCGCGUUUACUGCGAGUUUCGCGACAAUGAGAACUACUUGGAGGCCUACGAUCUGCAGCUGGACCAGUUUCAAAUGACAAACAUAGCCUACGACCUGCUGCCCAUCGAACGAGCUCUGUAUUCGCUAAGGCUAAGGAAUCUCACCCAGUGCUCUGGUCACUCCUGUUCUCUAUAGACAUAUGCAACAUGUGCAACAUAUUCACUCAAGGUGAAAUCUACCCAUAAUUUAACCAAACUUGCAGUCACAAGUGCAGCCCAAACCAAACUCGUGUUCGCUAACGUAUAAAGUUUUUUUUGGGAUAUUUUGUUGUAUUUAGAUAUCAUGUGAUUUAACUAGCAUAUACAUAGUAUCAAAUUGUUUAUGUUACAAA